AUGGGGAAACGAAAAAGCACCGGUGGGUCGUCUUCUUCGUCCAAACGACGACCAUCUCGACCAGCAACCACGUCUUCGGCAGCUCCUCCGCCGCGUCGCCGCUCCGAUGACCGCCAUGUCUUCGGGGAGCCAUGUGAUGCCGUGCCCCUUGCUUUUUGGGAGCCCCCGCUCCUUCUCACGGCUGCCUCUGCUGAGAAUUUUGGGAAUCUGCCCGUUGUUGUGGGUCAUAGGGUCUCUCCACCGCCAUCGCCGCUAGUGACGCCACAGUCGCCGCCAGUGACGCCGCCGUCACCCUUCAACUAUUCUCCACCGUCUUCUCCGCUGCCACACUCUCCGGCUGCCCAAUCGUCUCCACCACCAGUUGAACCGACAUCGCCGCCGUCGUCAACCACCGCACCGGCUUCACCCCCACCGCCGCCAUCCUCGUCGGUCAACAAAGGCAAGGGCCCUGCCACCACACCACCGCCGCUCCGUCGCUCUCGUCGACGUGCUACUCACUCUGCCUCGUCUUCCGCUCAACCCACCACCUCUGAUGACUCUGCACCCGAUCCCGUGGUGCCUAUAUCUACCGUCGAUGCCUUUAAUUCUCGGUUCUUUCUCCGAGCGCAUCAAACCCGGUGGCGUCUGUCAAGUGGUUCAUGA